AUGGAGCCCAAACUCACAGGUCAAAUUCUUGCUCAAACAGUCAAGAAUUUCACUAACACCAAUAACUUAGACUCAAAACUAUGUGUGGGUAUUGAUACUGAUACGUGUAACCUAAUGUUAGGUGAACAAAAGGGCGCUGUAAGGGAAUUGCAAAAAUGUUUGGCAAAUGUUCUAAAAAGCCCAUGCACAAAUCAUGCCUUGAAUCUUUCGAUUUCAAAAAGCUACAGUGUCCAAGCAGUAAGAAAUACUGUAGGUAUAAUGAAGGAAGUAAUUGCGUUCUCCAAAGCAUCCGCUAAAAGAAAUACAGUAUUAAAAAGAAAACUAGACGGAUAUCAAUUUCGUAGUAUGUGCAAAACACGAUGGACCGAGAGACUUGAUUCUGUGCUCCAAUUUGCAAGCAAGUUCGAGAAAAUUGUAGAGGCACUAAAUAUUAUAUCAAAUUGGAAAUACCGCGAAGCUUCUUCAAAAGCGGAGUCUUUGAAGACUGCCAUUACUUCCACCCAAUUUAUUGUAUCACAAAAAUGUUUGUGUGAUAUAUUAGCUUUAACAGUCAACCUGAGUAAGAUUUUACAAACAAAAACGAUUGACAAACAAUACGCUGUCAAACUCAUGGGAAAUAUUAUUUCAUUUGUACAAGAAACACGCGCAAAUUCCGAAAAACACUAUUCUCAUGUACCCUGGGUAUUGAACUGA